UGACACUCCUCAACGCUCAAUCCAGGCCGUUAGUCUUCUUCCUCCAGCCUAUGAGUCCAUCACUCCUCUCCCCCGCUAGCUCUUCCUCAUUCCUGCCAGUCCUUGUCUCCUUUAAUCCUCGAUCCUCCUCCUUCAGUCCCCCGCUCGACGGCCCGCCAUCCGUCUUCUCUCUGUGCGCAUGUGGCUCUGUCGGCUGUCGCAGACUCGCAGUGACACGGCGUUCCAGACUUGCAGAGUUGCAGUCGGCAAUCGCGAAUAUCUCCUGGCUCCAUCACGGCACCGUCCCGGCGGCGCACCACCUCCAGCAGUCCAGCCAUCCACGGCUCCAUCCCUCCAUUCCGGUUUGAAGUACCUAAAUGCUGCUGGAAAGAGCAUUCAGCCUGAAAUAUAUGGUGUGCUUAAAUAGUUCUAUUGGAUGGCUCCCACAUUAAGAAAAUAUUUAUCACACCUCACUCUGAUUAGGUGUUACUCGUCAGUGCUCCGUGUGACUCCAAGUACCAGUAGCAGUAGUGCCUUGAAAGUGAGUUCAAACAGAAGCUAUGUCCUUAUGUACAUGGCCAGUAGGUUAUGUUUCUCGUAUGAAUAUUGUAAGCAUAGUCAAGCCCAUUGUUUUGGGAAUUUAUCUACUGAUAUGAAACCAGAAAAAUUAUGUUGGCAAGGAUCCUCCCAGGAUGUUUUACUGACAAACCUUAAAGUCGCUUUAAUGCAUCACAAUAUUGAUGAGGCUUGGGAUACUUACAAAGAUUUCAAGCGCCUAUAUGGUUUCCCUGACCACUCUCUUGUGACCAGGUUGGUAACUGAGAUGGCUUAUUCGUCCGAUUCCUAUUGGCUUAAGAAGGCAUGCAAUUUGGUCAUUUCUAUUCAGAAGGAUAAUUUUGGGUUACUUCAGCUGGACUUAAUGACUAAGCUUUCCCUUUCACUGGCAAGAGCCCAAAUGCCUAUUCGGGCGUCAACGGUUCUUAGAAUGAUUCUCCUUAAAAAGAGAUUACCACCAUCUAAUAUUUUACAAAUGAUAUUUCUUCAUUUAGUGAAAACAGAGAACGGAAUGGUCCUUGCUUCAAAUACCUUGUUUGAGAUUUGUGACGUGUUUCAACAAUCCACCACAAACAAGCCUACCACUUAUGGGAAAUUCUGCACAAAACCCGACACUAUGAUUUUCAACAUUGUUCUUGAUGCUUGUGUGAGGUUUGGGUCAUCUAUCAAAGGCCAAUGUAUCAUUGAGCUGAUGGCCCAAGUUGCAGUUACAGCUGAUGUUCAAACCAUUACAUGCAUUUCUCUAAUUCAUCAGAUGAAUGGUACACGAGAUGAACUUAUGAAAUUUAAAGAGCAUAUUGAUCGGUUUCCGCUUGGUAAUCUGAUGGGUCACUAUCGACAGUUCUAUGAAAGCCUAUUGAGCUUGCAUUUCAAGUUUGAUGAUAUUGAUUCCGCUUCUGAACUUAUACUGAAUAUGUAUGUAUCUGGCCAUGCCCCGUAUGACAGGAAGGAACCUGUUAAACCUUGCCUGGUCCCACUAGGAGGAUCACACCAUCUUAAGAAGGGGUUAACACUAUGUGUUGUGCCUUACUUACUACAGAAGGACACCAUUCUUGACAAUGUGGGACCCAAUCACAGGUUUGUCACCUGUAAUAAAGAAGGGGGGUUUCUUCUCACCAAGAAAGCCCUUGCCAAGCUCAUGCUACAGUAUAAGAAAUGUGGGAGAAUAACUGACUUGUCAAAGCUUCUAUGUAGGAUCAACAAGGCCCUACCACCAAGUUCCACUAGAAACAUACUUGAUGAUGUGGUUGAUGCAUGUGUGUCUCUUGGAUGGCUUGAAACUGCCCAUGACAUUCUGGACGACUUAGAUUUGGAAGGAAAUCGACUGGCCAAAAGUUCUUACAUGUCUCUUUUGUCAGCCUAUCACCACCUAAAGAUGUUUAGGGAAGCUGAAUUGGUGCUAAAACAUCUUCAUAAAGCAGAUGAUGGAGGAAUAUGUGAUUUACAAAAACAAACUUGUUCAGGGAAAUCCGAUGUGAAUAAUCUUUUAGCCCGGGAUAUAAGACAACAGGAGAAAGAAGAGAUAACUUCUCCUGUGGUGUAUAAAUUCAAUUCUUCUAUCUAUUUCUUCAUGAAGGCACAAAUGCUAGGUGAUGCCAAAACGGCAUACAGAAAAAUGAAAAAGAUGAAGAUCCAACCAAAUGUCGCAACUUAUGUCAAUCUAAUUCACGGUUAUUCGUCUCUGGGGAUGUAUCGUGAAAUUACACAUUUAUGGGGGGAUAUAAGGAGGAGCAUAGAGAAUGGUGUGGCCUUGAAAAACUGCGGUUUGUAUGAGAUGAUAUUGUUGAGCUUUCUUCGGGGUGGUUAUUUUGAGAGGGUGAUGGAGGUAAUUGGCCUUAUGAAGGAAAGCAAUAUGUACCUAGACAAGUGGAUGUUUAAAUAUGAAUUCCUGAAGUAUCACAAGGGUCUUUAUCGUCGCAUGAAGGUGUUUGAUGCGAAAAAUGAGGUGCAGAAAAAGAGGAUUGAGUAUGUUAAGGAAUUUAAGAAGUGGGCCGGCUUGGAUUGCUAGUUACAGACACACACUUUCGUAUUACGGUUUUUUUUGGACAUGUACUCAUAGCUUCAUGCUUAUACACACAUCCACCACGCGCCACUGCACAUGUCUGAGCUCUAAAGUUUACAGAAUGAGAGUGAAGAGAAGAAGCAAGAUCCAUAUCUCAUUUCUUCCUUCAGCCAGCAAAUCGAAAUGACACACCAGAUGAGAGAGAUGAUUCCAUGGAUAUAUCCACAGUCAGCAAGUCUUCGCAACCACCCACAGGGCACAAGUAAGGAGCACACAAUUCCAUUGAUACUUCCAUUUAGUUCGAGUUCGAUGCUCCAUCUCAGCAUCCCAUGGUUUCUUAAGGCUCCUUAAACAUGCCAUGUAUGGUAGUGAUGGAACUCUAGUCUUCCUCCGUAAGGACCUGGUGGUUACUGAGAUUGACAAUCUGUCCAUAUCCAACAUGAGACUCAAAUCUACGCAGGUGCGAGAUAACUUCAUUGAUCAAAUUGAAUGAAGCUGAAAAUUGAAUUCAUCAUCGUGGAACUUUGGCAAAGGGUUUCAGCAUUUCAAGUAUGAGAACUUGCGCAGCAGAGGCAUUGGCUGAAUUUAGCGAUGAUGUGUAUAACUGUAUAAUGAUGGUUGUGUUUUAUAAUAAGGGCAGUUCAGAUAUUUGAGUUAAUUUAAUUAAUUAAUACUAUCGUAUUUAAUUUAGUGGUUGUACAUAGUAAUUUGGGUGUUGUCAAUAGAAUUACCCUUUGCUUACUUAUGAAUAAAGAUGUUUUUACUUGGACUGUAAUUUGCUGGUCUGGUCUGGUCUGUUAAGGUCUGGCUUCUUUGUAUUUUUAUAACUAUUCAAGUCUAGUCUGAACUGGCCUGGACUGGUCUGGCCUGGCCUGAACUUCACAGGUAGUUUGUCCUACUACACUUUUUAUGCUAAACUUGUAUCAUGUUUAGUUAUAUACUCGUAGAGUUAAUACCUUACU